AUGACUCCACAAUCUGCUUCACCAGUACCUUCCGCAGUCUCCUCCACCACAGCGUCACAGAUCUCCUAUGAUUCCCGAGAUGGAGAGCCCCAGGUAACACGUGCUUUAGCGGGCAUGAAUCUGUCCGCCGCGAACGGGGACGUCCUCCCCGUUCCUCCCACCCCCGCAAAGAUCGCUAGACCUACCAUGGCCAAUCGCAUCUCUCGCAUGUUCUCCAAUACUGGGAAGUCGACUCCGAAAGAGCAGGAAUCGCAUCGCGACUUCUCAGACAGCAGUACAGAAAGCAUCAAAGCUCCCUCGAACGCCAGCAUCAAACAAUCCAAGCCCACCUCUAAGCCCUCCUCCAAGCCCAACUCCAAGCCAUCCUCCAGAGCCCCCUCGCGACAGGCAUCUACGAAAGAGGAGGCCGAGAAGAAGCCAAAGUCCAGCAAUGGCAAAGAUAAUAAAGAAGCUGCCCCCGUUCACAAACGGUUCGAGUUGCCCGGAGAUGGCACUCAUAAUCAUCACCUCCGCAGCGCAAGACGACAGGAGAAGCUGACGGAUCUACUACGUGACAUGCUGGGCGGUGGCAGGAAGAAGGAUGAUCACGUGGACGAGCAACAGCUAUCACUUAUGUCUACAUGGAUCGACCAGUUCAAAAACGAACGGGAUAAGCUAGCCGCCGACAAGAAGGGCGGCCCCAACGCCACCGCUUCGCUGGUUGACAAAUACGGAAAAUGCCAGGAAAUCGUUGGCCGUGGCGCCUUCGGUAUUGUUCGGAUAUCCCACAAGGUGGACCCGAGAGACUCGAAAGUUGAACAGCUGUAUGCCGUGAAAGAGUUCCGUCGUCGGCCACAGGAGACGACGAAGAAGUAUCAGAAGCGAUUAACCUCGGAGUUUUGCAUUUCCUCUUCCCUUCGCCACCCCAACGUCAUUCACACCCUUGAUCUUCUACAGGAUGCCAAAGGUGACUACUGUGAGGUGAUGGAGUACUGCGCUGGAGGCGAUCUCUAUACCCUCGUGUUGGCGGCCGGAAAAUUGGAAGUCGCCGAGGCGGAUUGCUUUUUCAAGCAGCUUAUGCGUGGCGUGGAGUACAUGCACGAAAUGGGUGUUGCCCACCGUGACCUGAAGCCUGAGAACCUGUUAUUGACCACCCACGGAGCUCUCAAAAUUACAGAUUUCGGAAAUGGUGAAUGUUUCCGCAUGGCAUGGGAAAAGGAAGCUCACAUGACUGCGGGCCUCUGUGGUUCAGCCCCUUACAUCGCCCCGGAGGAAUACGUCGAGAAGGAAUUCGACCCUCGAGCGGUGGAUGUAUGGGCGACGGGUGUUAUUUACAUGGCCAUGAGGACUGGACGCCAUCUCUGGCGUGUGGCCCGCAAGGAUGAGGAUGAAUUUUACCAACGCUAUCUGGAGGGUCGUAAGCAUGAGGAUGGUUACGCUCCCAUUGAAACUCUGCAUCGGGUAAGUGUUGAGCGAACCCCUCGCUUCAAGUUGACACUGGCUCACAAUGUCUCCCAGGCGCGUUGCCGAAACGUGAUCUACUCUAUUCUGGAUCCCAAUCCUUCCCGCCGUAUCAACGCCUCGCAAGUCUUGAAAUCCGAGUGGGUUCGUGAGAUCAAGCUGUGCAAGGCUGGCGAGGAAGGAUACUGA